UACUCUAUCCUAAAAAUGGCAAACAUUGGACGUAUGCUUGCUUCUCGCGUUGCCAGUCAGUUGGUGCGCAAUGUGGCUACCAACCAGCAGCAGCAACAGGCUAACCUGCUCCGAUUCUACAGCAGUGCUCCCAAGUCGUACGAAUUCAUCAAAGCUGAGCUGGCGGGAGAGAAGAAAAAUGUUGCCCUGAUUACGUUGAAUCGCCCGAAAGCGUUGAACGCUCUGUGCAAUGGAUUGAUCGCGGAAGUGAACGAUGCAUUGGAUCGGUACGAAGCGGACGAUUCGAUCGGUGCGAUUGUCAUCACUGGUAGCGAGAAGGCAUUUGCCGCCGGUGCCGAUAUCAAGGAGAUGCAGCCCAACACUUAUGCUAAGUGCAUCAACACUGACUUUCUGGCCAAUUGGACGCGUGUGGCCAAGGCACAGAAGCCCAUCAUUGCUGCCGUGAACGGGUACGCACUUGGUGGUGGCUGCGAGUUUGCGAUGAUGUGCGACAUCAUUUACGCCGGUGAUAAGGCCCGCUUCGGUCAGCCAGAAAUCGCGCUCGGUACGAUUCCCGGUGCCGGCGGUACCCAGCGCACCACGCGCGCCAUGGGCAAAUCAAAGGCGAUGGAGAUGUGCCUUACCGGAAACAUGAUUACUGCGGAGGAAGCUGAACGUAGCGGACUGGUCAGCAAGGUGUUCCCGGCCGAUAAGCUGGUGGAGGAGGCCGUUAAAUUGGGCGAGAAAAUUUCCACAUUCUCACCGCUGAUCGUGCGUCUGUGUAAGGAAGCGGUCAAUGUGUCGUAUGAAAUGUCGUUGAACGAGGGAUUGCGCUUCGAGCGUCGUCAUUUCCAUGCUACGUUCUCGACAAAGGACCGUCUGGAGGGUAUGAGCGCAUUCGUGGAGAAGCGUGCACCGAAGUUUUCCAACGAAUAA